AUGGGUCGUAAGAUUCCUGCUAAGAAGCACAGAGGUGUCAAAGAUCCACUCGUUCAACAAGCAAGACGUUUACAAGACUUAAAGACAAAAAUAAAUGCACCGCCUAAAGAUCCAGAUGAGCAGCCAGUGCCACGAUCAUUGACUCGCUUAUUCGCUUUCCAGGAUCGAAACAAAUCAAAAGACUCGAAAAAUAAAAUGAAGCGGUUUAACAGAAAAGACAGCGAAAGCAUGAGCUUGUACCAUGAUAAUCCAAUUGCCAAAUUACAGAAACUGCCAGGUGAAUCAGGACGAGGGUUCUCCUUACGAAUUAAUAGUGCAAUAAAAGCUUUACACAAUCCAGCACUAGAAGAAGAUUACCCUGUAUGUAUUGAUUUUCUAAAAUAG